CAAGCGAAGGACUAAGCCCGCAGUCUUAGAUUGUGUUAUCCCGUUAAUCCCGUAGCUGGACUUCCGUGGAUUCCCGUUGGAUUCGCCUCGAGUCUCCAGGUUCUCAACAGGUUCUCACCAGGCUCUUACCCGAACACCCGCGAAUCUAGGUUCGCACAACAGCGGCCGAAGUAACUCCAAUCCGAAUUGAUUGAUGGCCCAAAAGCCUCAUUCGGCCCCCUAAUAUCUAUUUUAUUUCAUGGACGCCAUCCUCGAUCCUAAACUUGUCGAACCGACUAUCCUACACUCGGUCGACCCUCGACAGGCAUCAAUUAGUCAUGAACUCGUAAUAACUCAAAAAUCAGCUUCUACCUCACCCGAUAUGUCUCACCAAAAGGUCCCUAUUACCUUUACCUACAAGAAGAAGGACACCGAUCCUCCCAUCUAUAUAGCAGGUUCGUUUUCGGAUCCGCCAUGGCAGCCCCAAGAGAUGGAUGUCGCCAUCGACCAGCUUGGGGGUUAUCUAUUCACCAAACAAGUCAUGGUUGACGAUGGCACCGAAAUCCAAUACAAAUUCCGCAUAGGAUCUGGUGAUUGGUGGGCCUUGGACGAGAGUGCCGAUAUAGCCACGGAUGAAUCGGGAAACACGAACAAUAUUCUUAGAGUCUCAAUUGAUGCGCCUCAAGAAAAUGAAAAUGUCAGCGAGGUGCCAACCCCUAAGGCCAACGAAUUAGAGGGGUUGGAAACCAACACUAGCACGCAGACUCAGGACUUCGCACAGGCAGCUGCUGAGGUGGCUGACUCGGCACGCACUUUAGAUCCCGAGACUCCUGAGCCGGAGAUAUCAGACGGCGAAGCAGGAAGAAUAGGUACCCGGCGCAUGUCAACAACUCCAAUUGGUGAAGUCUCAGAGACAGCUAUAGAGGUCGCCACUGUCGCUGCGACGCUGGAUAUUGAUGAAUCUGCUUUAGAUGAUGGGUAUGAAGGCGAAAAAGACCUAUGCCCUAUGUUUUCCUAUGAAUCCAUAGGAUCAUCUUCUCACAAAGAAGACGUACCCGAUGAUGAUGAUGACAUCAACAAGGAUAACAAGUCUCAUUCCGAGUUCGGCAACCCGGCUAUUGAGGUCGAGGGCGAAGACUUUGACGAUCCCCAGUUAGAAGAGUUCCCGUCGAACGAUCGGGAGUCUAUCAUGGCUGCUGUGCGACGCAUUUCGACGAGCAUAGAUGCCGACCGCACAGUUGUCGACGAAAUUCCAUCAGCACCCAUAAUUGCCCUUCUCCAAAAUUGUAAGAAUGCCUACUCACCCGAUAAUCAAGGCGAGUCGCUAAGUCUGCCAGAUUCGCUUUCGGAUGAUAAGCAGAAUCUCCGCCCUAGCAAUAGCACUAGGCGAUCGCGCUCCGGGCGUAGAGAAUCAGCGGCGACCUCUCUAGGGUCAAUCCUUGAAGAUGAUGAAGCGCGCAACGAGCAUGUGAUUGAUGAGACGGAGGAUGCUACAGCUCCGUUCAUACAACAUCCUGGGCCUUCUUGGGGUUCUCCUACCCCUGACCGCGUCGUUAGCGAUGACGACAACGACGAAGGCAUUGCUAUGAGGGUUGAUUCCAGGAAAAUGGCCGAGCAAUCCCAACAAUGUUCGCCGUCCUUACCUUCACCACCUGCAUCUUCCGACGGCAAUGUUCCGGAGGCCGCAGAGCUGGAGGGCAACGCAGAUGUUUCGGGAAGUAAUGACGACGUACCACCCAUUGUUGAAAGCGAUUUACCUAAGCCCAGUACAAUCAUCACUCCACGUCGCACGCCAGAUAGGCACUUGAGUGACAGUUCCAACAUGGAGAGUACAAGCGAAGCGAACGGGAAAUCAACAUCUUUCGGUACUACUAGCCCGCCGGGCCUACGGAAACGUAUAAUCGACAGGCCGGCUACUCCACCUUCUACGCAUCAUUCCCAGGGCCGCAAUAAAUAUCCAGACUGGCUCGAAGCUUGCAUACGGAUCGUGUUCGUGAAAUGGAUUGGGGGUCUUGCGUCGUGGCUACACGAUCGUAGAAACAAGGCGUAAGUUACUCCCAACCUUGUGACCGUGCUAUAUAAGAUCCUUCUCCUAACCUUUAUUUAGGCUCAUGGCUGCUGGCACGGCUGCUAUUGUUGUUGGGGUAGGCCUGUUGUGGCAGAAUCCGGUUCGACUGUAGCAGGUAGUGAGGAUGCUAGGCAAGGCGAGAGUGGCGCAGAAUGUACGGGAUAGAGCUCGUGGAUUCAGACCUUCCUAGAUCCUGCAUUCAUACGACUCAGUCUAAUAUCUACUUAUGUAUGCUUAGCUUGAAUACGACUAAUUGGAGUGGAAAGUACCUAGUCUUUGCCUAUAUGGUUACUUGAGAUGAUGGCUAUGAUAGGUGGUCUAUGUACCUAAGAUAAACGAGAGCCGAUGGGACUAGUUAUUGAAAUUUUUUAGAUUGCAGUACUAGUGUUGGGUCUUAACAGCACCUAUCCGUGAAGGUUAGAGCCGUUGGAAUUCGCUACAUUACCGAGAGCGAAGCAGUCCACGAAGUUU